AAAAAUUAGAGGGGAAGACUACUUACUCUUUGGACAUUGUUGUGAACAGCCCAGCAAUGGAGAAAGCAGUUGGUCUUUUCAGACGUUCCUUCAGUCUUAUCAGAAGCUUCAGUACUUUUGCUCCUACUUCAAAUGCAGCCACAGCAGUGGUAUCAAAGAAAUCAAAGCAUAGGAAGAAGAAGAACUUCUUUGAAGUUUCUCAAUUUCUUCCCAAUUGGGGUAUUGGAUAUCAAAUGGCUAAGAGUCACUGGGUUGGAGUAUCUUACCAGAUUACAAAGAUCAACCUCUAUAAGGAUGGACGACAUGGUAAGGCAUGGGGAAUUGUCUACAAAAAUGGCGUGCCAGUUGCAGAUGCUCCGAAAAAAAUAAGUGGGGUUCAUAAACGCUGUUGGAAGUAUAUUCCAGUUUCAAAGAAAGCAAUAGAGAGCCCGCCAAAGCUGGAAGCUCAGUUAACUUGACGUUCUGUUUUGAAUUUUCAAGGCUAAUUUUCUGUACUUCCAUCUUUGGUACAAGAUUAAAAUUUAUGAAGUAGAUCUUGAAUUAGUGGGGUCUAUACCAUUGUUGUGGAGACCUAUCACAUCAGCUUUGGUUAUAUCACUUUCUUUUUGUAUUUUGCUGCUAUGGAUGCUUCAUCAGUGUUGAACCUUGAACACAAAAAAUGAAACUUAACUGUUUGGAUAUUCUUUACUACUUGUUUAAUCAUUUUCUUGUCAUUUAAGAUGAUUUUUGUUGUUGUCAUACUAACCUAACAUGAUUAAUAAAUACGACAUUUCAUGUUU